AUGGUCAAUGCAAUUCCUCAUAAACUUCUUAAAAGAACCAGCUUUAAUGCAUGUUUCACACCAGGGGCAUCGAGCGCACCAGCCUUACUCCAAGUAUCUAUUUCACCCGAUCCUCCCGUCGCUGGAACAAAUGUUAAAGUUUCUGUUUCCGGAACAUUUUCAAAAGAUGUCACCGCACAAACCAAACUUGUGGUUGCAUUUGCUGAUUUCUCUAAACAACCCAUAGCACCCCCUUUUGUUACAGAUGCUUGUACUGGAAGUGGGUGUCCAAUUAAAGCUGGGGACUCGUAUUCUCAAUCUGUGGAUGUUUUAGUACCAAACAACUUACCUAGUAAUUAUAUUAUGGGAGCUGGUGUUGGAAAUUCAGAAAGCGAUAUUUUAGGCUGUGCAUAUGCUAUAAUUAAUGAAUUUACAAGCCUCUUUUUUUAA